CCCCAUAUUCCCAGCAUUCCCCGCGGCAGCAGCUCUGCAGUCAGGAUGGCGGACAGACCAGUUCCCGUAGUUGAGAAGCGCCUGAUGGACGUGAAGCUCGGAGAGCUGGGGACCUGGUUCGGAGGAAGAGACUUCACUCCCAACGGCGUCCUGUCAGCCGUCCGCCGAGGCCAUGACAGAUACUAUAACAAGUACAUCAAUGUGAAGAAGGGAGGCAUCGGUGGCUUGGCUAUGCUGCUCGUGGGCUACGUGACCCUCAGCUACUUGUGGGAAUACGACCACAUCAAACAUGACCGCUGGAGGAAGUACCACUGAGCCCCUUCAGCAGCCAUCAGGGGUUGAACUUGGAUUUCGUGGUUCCUCUGCUCCUUUGACUCAGCUCUGUUUAAUAUUUCUGUUGUGACCAAUAAAACAUUAAUAAAUGUGA